AUGAAGACCACAGUUUAUGCAUUUUUAUUCGCCUUGAGCUAUGCUGCUGAUAUUCCCGAAGUUUGUUAUCCAUCAGUAGUUCGUCACAGGAUUGACUCAGUCUUCCCAACAUCACGGUUGUUUUGUGUAACAAAAUUAAACGAUGAGUUGGAGUACGGUGGGGUAGAAAUAGUGAGUGAUGGUGAACAGUGGAGUCUGUUUUCUAAAUCCAGAAUGUUAGAAGAAGAAGAAACUUCUUCUGACGACAAUGGGGAUUCUUUAUAUUUCGGAAAUUCGUCUGGAAUUAGGCUUUUCAAACUGCCUGCAGCCAUAUCUGAUUCAGAUUUCUGUACUGGAACGCAAAAUGUAGAGAUAGAGAAGAAUUUAACGGUCCACUGUAAACCACUCUCCACAUAUGAUAUGUUAUCUCAAUGCACAGAAAACAGUUUCAUCAAUGCACUUUCGUUGUUUGGAAAUGGCGAAUUCGUUGAUAAAUCAGAGAAUAAAACUUUGGCGAUUCCAAGAAUUGCAGCUGAACAAAUGAGAGCUCCAGUUUGGAAUGGCUCAGCAUGCAACGAUGUUCUAGUAUCAGCAAAUAUAGUUUUUCGUAUGAAUCAGACUGAAGUCAACGACGUAGUAGUCCAAGUAGAAUAUGGAAAUUUGCCUGGGAAUGUAGACACUAACUGGUUUCAACAAGACUUUUCGAUUUUUUGGAUUCGGAUGAUUCAGUCAAAUGAAGACGAAAAAGAAACAAACAAGUCAAGUUCUGGAGCAGGUUACAAAGCUGGUGACCAAAUUUACCGUAUGCAGGGUUCUUCGCCGGUUCCUUUUGCUAUUCCAACUUUAGAAGAAUGUUAUUCUUCAUCCGUGAAACCAUCUCCAGUUCUGUUCCUCAGACCAAUGAUAUCUGUAUGCACAAUCAGAACAACAAAUUGCGAGGAUGCUCGAUCAAAAGCAAAAGCAUUCUACGAACAAGUAUAUCCUUCUGAACUAGUCUCGUCGAUAUCAGAAGACGAGCAUUCAGCAGCCGUUGAAAGAGUGAAUGUGACUUGGGAAGAUAUAUUCCUCUCAACGUUUCCUUACAGUUAUCACCUUCUUCUUCAUCAUGCCGCUUACCCGUAUCCUCACUUCUUCAAAUUUAUCACUCAAAACAGGGCUCUACAAAAAAUUAUCGAGAAGUAG